AUGCAUGGUUUCGAGACAUUCAACACAAAAAUCAUCUCAAACUUAAUGCUUCAACUGUCUGUUCAAAUGCAUUUCGUGUUCUUUGAAGAGUAUGUGCAUGGGGCAGGCUCGAAUAAACAACAAGAAGCAAUACCAAAGCAAUUCAUGAAUAAGAAAACUAAAUUUGUAUACUCUGAUAGCAGUGAGGAUGAAGAUGGAGAUCAUGAUGGGAUUGGCAAUAACAUUCAUAGGAGCACAGAGGAGAAAGAUUUACCUACUGAUAAUAUAACCGAUGCUAAUUUUGAAACUCUAGUUGAUGAAAAGCUAGGGCCUCAGAACGAGGACAACUCAUCUGUUCAAGAGGAAAUACAAGAACAUAAAGAGAAUAAGGAGGAAGUGACAAAGAAGCAUAAAAUUCAAGAAGGUGAAGCUGGAGAGCAGCCAAUUAAGAAGCAGUGUGUUGAAUUAAGUUCAUCAAGGUCCCCAAAUUUUGCAUCUUCUAAGAUGGAGGAGAAAUCAGUUGAUAAAUUGAUCGAAGCUGAGCUAGCUGAGUUGGGAGACAAAAGUAAGAGACGAUUCAGCAACCUUGACUCAGGCUGUAAUGGUGUUGUAUUUGUCCAAAUGCGCAAGAGGGAUGAUGAUCCGAACCCGAAGGAUAUUGUGCAGUAUAUGAUGACUUCCCUUGCUUCAACCCGGAAACACAUGUCUAGAUUCAUGUUAAGGGUGCUGCCUGUUGAAUUAAGCUGCUAUGCGUCGGAAGAGGAAAUUGUAAGGGCAAUUAAACCUUUUAUUGCAAAAUACUUUCCAGUGGAAGCUCAAAAGCCCCACAAGUUCGCUGUGUUGUAUGAAGCCCGUGCAAAUACUGGUAUUGAAAGAGCAAAAAUCAUCGAUGCAGUCGCAAAAUCUGUUCCUUCACCACAUAAAGUUGAUCUUAGCCAUCCUGAUAUACAUAUUGUUGUCCAAAUUGUCAAGACUGUUUGCUUGAUUGGAUCGGUUGAGAAGUACAAGGAAUUGGCCAAGUUCAAUGUGAGGCAGCUUACAUCUUCUAAAUCCUAAAUUGGCAAUUCAGUUUGGUUUUAAGC